AUGGCGCCUACAUCAACACAGGAUCAAUCACGCGACACCUCGGCCACGAAGUCUUCGUCGCCGGUAGCGAAGAUCCUAUUCCUUGAUGGCGUCCGUGGGGCUGCCGUCAUCUUCGUCGUCACGCAACACACAGGGUACAUGCACGACGUCUACAUGGGCGCGGUUGGUGUCGACGCCUUCUUCGUGCUGUCGUCCUUCCUGCUGACCAUGAUCUUCAUGAAGAAGAGCAUCAAGCUGAUGGCAGAGCAGGUGUCCUACCGUAAGUGGGGGUGGACGCUGGCCGACUACUUCUCCAAGCGGUUCUUCCGCGUGUACCCGUUGUUUGCGCUGGUGGCGAUCACUCUGUGGCUCAUGCCGUUUGAAUACAAACAGCGGUACUACAUGGUAAACCGACCUGAGGACUUCAACCUGUUCCAGACGCUCACUUUUCACCCGGAACACCGCCACUACCUCAUGUGGACGUUGCCACUGGAGAUCUCGUACUACUUCAUUCUACCUGCGUUUGUACUGGCGGUGCUCAAGAUGCGUCGCUUCUGGUGGAUGGCGUUCCUUCCGCUCUACGUCUGGGCUAUUCACGAAGGACUCUACACGACAAGGGAUAAUUAUCCUCGCCAACCGUUGAGCAAGCACCUCCCGACGUUCGUCGCGGGGUCCAUGGCUGCCGUCAUCUUCGUCAAGCUUGAGGCGUGGAUCAAGAGCACGGGUUUCAAAUUCAACACGUUGCAUAUCGUCGGACUGCGAGUGGUAGAAGCCGUCUUGAUCGCAGCCUACCUCAGCGUCGUCUUCCGUGGACUGUUCUUCAAUUGGUUGGGGAUGCCGCUUCAACCGUCCCAACACUAUAUCAUGCCGUUCACGAGCGUCAAGUUGUCGCUGCUGUUCGUGAUCGAGAUGAUUCAGCCGUCCACUGUGUCGUUGAUCUUCGAGUGGAUCGUUCUCCGCUACUUGGGCAAGAUCAGCUUCUCCGUGUAUUUGCUGCACGUGUUCGUGAUCGCUACUCCAUCGGUCAAGCAGCAGACCAAUUACUACGACAAGACGUUCUCCAUCUUCGGUCUCGUGAUCAUGCUGGCCACGGCGUCGUACUACCUGAUCGAGUAUCCGUCCCAGCUACUGGCGCAGCGGCUUUCGCGAGUAUUUAACAGGCUCGCGUCCUAUGACCACGAGAAGAUCGUUGAGCAGAGUGAUACCGAAUCUGAUGAACAAUCGGAGCCGGAUGUGGUGAAGGAGUCGAUACAUUUGGAGCAAGGUGAAAAGGGUCCAGCUUCUUCGUAA